GCACACUAUCCCAAUUAUUUUCUUAAUCACAAAGUACGAGAGAGUCGUAUAAAAAUCAUUGGCAACACAAGGAAGUCAGCACGAGGUUGAGUAAUGACCCAACACCAAUGUAUGUAUUGCUACGAAUCGGUGUACUGUGCGGACUCUGCCAAAAAAUCAGCAAGUUGAUGAGCACUUGGUGUUUCAUCGGAGCCCUUCUAGUGCUCCCGGCAAUGGCGGGAGGCUCAACAAGCAAAAUUAUUGUGUCAGGCAACAACUCUGUCAGCGAUAACUAUGAAAAAGAAGGAGGUGGUUAUACUACAGCAUCCGCUAGUGUUACCAGCAGGGGCGGUAGCCGUAGCAGUGGCAACGAAAGUGGGAAAGGUGGCGGCACUGUGGUCAGCGGCAAUGUUGUGAUAGUGACCGGUGGUAUUGGGCCGUCGUCUAUGUUGAAUAGUA